AUGGGGUUAUGUGAUUAUCCAUUAGCAACAAAAUGUGGGAUUCCAAGGCCCCUAAAAUUAUCACCAUCAGCUUCUGAAGAUUCAGGGUUUCAUUUUGAAAUUGAUUGGAUUGCAUUUUUGCCAGGAGAUGUUAUGGGGCUGGCAAUGGAUGUUUAUUGGUUUGGUAAAGAAGGUUCAAGUUUGUGGCAAGACUGUGGCAAGACUGAACUGCUGAGAAGGCUUGCUGAAAACAUUACGAGUUUAAGAGAACUUGAUCUUGGUGGGUUAAACUUUUCUUCCAAAGUACCUGAAUCGUUAGGAAAUUUAUCUUCCCUAACACAUCUCUCUCUUUAUGGAUGCAAUUUACAUGGUGAUUUUCCAAAAACAAUAUUCCGAUUGCCUAACCUACAAUCAGUUAAACUGCGGGAUAAUGAUGAUCUCACCGGUUCUCUUUCGGAAUUUCAUUCUGGCAGCAAUCUUUUGUUGUUGGAAGUUUCGAGUACAAAAUUUGGAGGGAAAUUGCCAAAUUCAGUUGGCAACCUUACCUCUUUGAAUGUUUUGGAUCUCAUGAAUUGUAUGUUUUCUGGGCCUGUUCCUUAUUCUCUUGGGAACCUUGCAAAUAUCAGUCAACUUCUCCUGGGCAGCAAUGAAUUUAUCGGUGAAUUUCCUUCUUCACUUGGAAAUCUAACACAGCUAAGCGAUCUGGAUCUUGCAAAUAACUUUUUCCACGGAAGCUUGCCAAUGUCAUUUCCAUAUCUUCUGGAAGAUAUCUACUUCAAAAACAAUAGUUUCACAGGUCCAGUGCCAUUCCAAACUUUUAGUAACUUGACCUUGCUUUCGACUAUUGAUUUGUCAAGCAACUCGCUGAAUGGAGUCAUCCCUUCAUCUUUACUUUCGUCGGCUUCUUUGCAAUCCCUAUGUUUGGAUGACAAUCAGCUUAUAGACCUUGAGAGUAUCACCUCUAUUUCAUCCCAAUUGGAAUAUCUGUCUUUAAAUCGAAAUAAAUUAAAGGGAGUAUUCCAAGUUCCAUCUUCAAACUGCAAAGCCUGA